ACUACGGCCUAUUCAUGCUUUAUCCCCUGGGCAGGUUGCUGCAAUGUGAACGCGUCAAGUUUUGCAUCUCCCCCCGUUGCGCCUGCCUGCCUCUAUCGACCAGAUGCACCUGCCUCACCGCAUGCACUUGUCUGCUUGGACAAUCCAGAGAUCCGCCUCACACUUCAGAAAGUGCAUCGUGCUCCACCUACUUCACGAUCCAACUCACAAAUACACCUUUAUAUCACAUUCCGCUUUCUGACCUCAUCUCUAUCAAUGCCCUGCCCCGCGACAAGUUACUGUAAAGCCUUUUUGAGCAUGCAAAACAUGCAUUUUGAAAGUUGAAUGAAGCAAACGUGCUGAAGCUUGACCGGUCGUGUGCAAGGCUGAAUGAUCGACGUCUACUUCACUAGCACUGCCAGUCGUCAAUACUGGUCUGAAGCCAGAUCUGCAUCAUGUCCCAAUGUCAGAUCCUUCGAGCUCAUUAUACGCGUCAACAUGUGAGCGCAACGCAUGGAGCUCCCUCGUCAGUCGCAGCAUCGCCGCCUGGGACGACAUCACCCCGGAGGAUCUCGCCGAGCGCGCUGACCUCAUUGCCAGGUCCACACUUGCGGGUUACUCCUCCUUGGACGAUUUUCUCGGCCAAGCCGGACCCGGAGGGCAAGAGCUUGCGUUCACAACAGGAUACGCUCGCAUCCCAGCAGUGGAAGCACAUAUGGGUACACUGGACGUGUAUGCCCCAAGAUCCUCGAUCAAAAUCCGAGGAGGCGUACUUACGAAAUGUCUGCAGGCAUCAUACGCGACUGCGGGUUCACAUACCAUUGCCCGCCUUUCGAGCCAAGGCUCUGGAGUACGACGUUGCUGAGUUUGUACUCACUUGUGACGAAAGCAAUUUCUAUAAGGCAUCAGACAUUCAGAAAUUCCGGCGACAUAUCGACGAGAUGGUCGCAACCAGCGUACAGGGAGUGCUGAAGUAACUUGGCUA